AGUGGAUAGUAGUAAUUUUUUAGUGUUUGGGUAGUUAACGAAACCGAAAACAAAAGUUAAGAAAAAUCAUUAACUAAGGUCCCCGAUUUCAAACUUUAACCAUUACCAAAAAGUUUAUAAUGUCCUUCAUCAACAAUGAUGAUACCAUUAUGCCUAUCGAUGAAGACCCACAGGUUGUCAUCAAUGAUGAUGAGGCAUCGGGAACUACACACAACAUGCCAAAUGGACGCUCAAUGGAUUCGCUGCGCUCCUCGUUCACCAAUCGUAGCUCGACGCCAGACUCCUCUCAUAAUUCUCUAGAUGCCCUCGAGAUGGCCCAAGACGAUCGGGAGGAGAAGGCCCGCCUAAUAACCCAGGUCUUGGAAUUGCAAAACACAUUGGACGACCUCUCACAGCGAGUGGACUCCGUAAAGGAAGAGAAUCUCAAACUGCGAUCGGAAAAUCAAGUUCUUGGUCAAUAUAUUGAGAAUCUAAUGUCCGCCUCCUCGGUGUUCCAGUCCACCAAUGCAAAUGCUACGAAAAAGAAGUAAAAACUCUUUCCACAUUCAUCGAUACUCUCAGUCAUGGCCUUCUCAAAAUGAAACACAUAAAAGGUUGCUCCUAAUUCUGUUUUCAAAUCCAAAACAUUUCGUACAAAAUAGCAAAACAUUCUCAAUAGUAAUCUUUUUAAAUUGUAUAGUUUAAUUGAAUUGGAAUUGGGAGCAACCUUGAUAUAUUUACAAAUCUAUGUGCUUAGCUUAUUGCUUAAUGUUAUUUGUGUUUUGCUGUCCCCUCGAAUUUUUGUGCACCAUAUAAGUAAUGUUAUUAUUAUAAGUUUAAAAUAGGCAUGCAUAAGUUAUAUACAUUUUAUUUAUUUAACCACUCAUAUAUUUACAAAAAUAUAUAAAUAAUUAAUAAAUCAAUAUUCAAUCCACCGCAA